CCACUUAUUCGUUUGAUCACCACCACCACCCUCCAUGCUUCACGGCUGGUUUCGCUGCUGCAAGAAGCUCGCUUCGAAGCGUCCAAUACAUUGUAUAACACGACGAGCCCUGUCGAAAUUUGCCAAGUGCUGAGCCGCACGAUUCAAAAUCAGUUUGUAGGCUUUCCUGGAUUAUUUGUGGACAAGGACGAAUCUCCCACCGAUCCCAUAAACCCGUUUCAGUACUUCAGUUACCUGUGUUCUUGAAAAAAAACGGCCUUCGCUCAGCUUCGCAUUGAACUCCCAAUCUCUCAAAACCAAGUCAUUCCUGUAAACCCCUUUGCCCGCCGCAUCGUACGGCGGAAAGUUCCCGCCAAGUUUUCGCAUUCCUCGGAGUACGCGCAUCGUGGCUAUUCAACGGGAAGCAAUGGAGAUCGAGGAUGAGGUGGAAUCACCUCCCCAGCACCAACGGCCCCACGAUGCAAUGGCUCCGAUGGCGGCGUGGCUGGUGGAGGCGCGCGAGGGGCCGCUGAGUGCCAGCGAAGACGCGCUGGCGUUCGCCAUUGCGGAGUGGCGGAUGACCGGCGCGACGCGAUCGGCGCGCAUCCACAUCGUGCACGUGCUCACGCAUAUCUCCGUCGACCGCGACAUGAUGCGACUGCCCAUCAGCGAAGUCAGCCCGCUUACCGCGGAGACGCACGAGAGCAACAUGCGCGCGCUGCUGCUGGAUCCGCUCGUCAAGUUCGCGCGUAAAGACAAGGUGGUGGUGGAGGCCAUCGUCAUCCGCAACGACGACCGCAAGGCGGGGCUGCUCGAGGUGGCCAAGAUGCUCUGCCCGCACCGCGUCUUCGUCACCGCCAAGCCCAGCAUGUUCGGCAAGCGGUCAGCCAUCGCCAUAAUCGACGCCCUAUCCGGCCCGUGGUUCGCGGCGCACCUCCCGGACAACGCGCGCCUCGUGGCGCUGCAGGGGCGGAAGGUCCUCAAAGAUAUCACAAUCGGCAGCCCCGGGUCCGGCGCUGCUUCCCCCGCCGUGGAGCUGCCACGUGGCAGUGGCGGUGGUGGCUACGCCGCCAGUAGCCCUGCUGGCUCCGUGCCCCAGACCCCCCCGCGAGGGUUUCUGUCGCUUGGGCACUCGCGCAAGCACUCCCCCCCGCUAGAGGGGGGGCAGGGCGAUUCCUCCUCUCCGCCCGGAUCCUCCGCAACGCACUCAGUGAAUGGUUCUGCUGCUGCUGCUGCUGCUGCUGCUGCUGCUGCUGCUGGCGGUGGUGGUGCUGCUGCUGGCGGUGGCGGUGCUGCUGCCACGUCAUCGUCGUCCGGCUCGGGCACGCUCAGCAGCAAGCUGACGUCAUUCUGGCGCACGAGCUCGCAAGACUUGUCCGUUUCCCAGUCCGGCCCGAGGAGCGGGUCCUUUUCGCCGGCUGCCAGUUCGCCGUCCGUUUCGCCGCCCGACGGCAGCAGGAGCUUCAAGCAGCAGCGGCGGCCGCCGUCUCCCGCUUAUAAGGAGGAUAAAGAGCUCAACGGGAGCAGCCACGGCAAGCCGGGGCUGAAGCCGGGAGUGGUGGUGGAUGGGCGGGGGGGAGUCGCGGACCACGGAAACGACUCGGAGGGCCUGGAGGUGUCGCUGACUCCGCGCAGGAGCCGCCGCGAGGAAGCGAGACUGGAGGUGACUCUGGUGGAGGGCGACACCCCGAGGGCACAGGGUUUGGCAAGAGGCGCGUCGAGGAAUUUCCGGAGAACCUCGGAGGACGGGGGAGCGGGGCUGGACGAUCCAGCUUUGGGGCGGAGCCACACCACGGGCCGACUGCCGCACAAGAGCUCUGUCCCCUCCGUUCCCCCCGUCCCCUCGCCUCCGUCUCUCCCCUCUCUGCCCUCCCAACCCGGGUGCAUGCUGCUAGAUGCCAGCACAGUGGCUGCCGCCACGGGGAAUUUCUCUGAUCGCCUCUGCCUCACCCCGCGCCACCCCCUCGUGAGGGCCUACACUGGCUACAUGGGCGGCAUUCAGAUCAUUGCAGCGCAGAUGAACGGCCCAGAUUGGCUCCCGGGGCCGGGAUGCCCCGAGGUGGAAACCAGCGUGAAGCCUGGGAGUGGGAAGGAGAGGCCCCCAUCUGCUUUUGAGUCUGCAGCGCACCGAUGCAUUGCGCCGCUGCACCAUGAGCACAUCUGCCCGUUGCUCGGCUGCUCCCCCUCCCUGCGCUGCCUCAUCUACCACCGUCCACCUGGCAGCUCCUCAUUGGCCACGCGGCUCGCCUGCUGCGGCGCUGGCAGCAGCGGCAGUGGGGGGGCAAUGAGCCGAACCAGCAGCAGUGGAAGCCUGGUGCAUCGAAGCAGCAGCGUGGGGAGUUUUAACAGUCCGGAUAGCACCUCUAGUGAGAGAACGGUUGAGAGCGGUUCAGGCAGCAGCAUGGCUGGUAGCAGGAGCAUGGGUGGCGGGUCGCUCAGGCCGCUGAGCUGGCAGACCCGGCUGAAGGUCGUGACUCAGACGUGCCGUGCGCUGACGUGGUUGCACCAGCAGGCGCCACGUGUCUCGGUGGGGUGCCUGAGUGUGGAAACCGUGCUGCUGACCCGUGACGACUCGUGCAAGUUGCUGCUGGCAGGGGCGGCGGCCCUGGCAGCGGACCCGGAAAAAAUGGUGGAGAAACUGAACCGAGAGAUGGGUAUGGAUGAGUACGUGUGUUUGGCAGAGGGUGGGGGGGAGAGGAAGGGGAGGGAAGGGCAGGGCGGGGAGAAUGGGAAGGGGAAUAGUAGUGCUACAGCCGAAGCGGGGGAUGUGUUUGCCUUUGGCCUGCUGAUUCUGCACCUGCUCACAGGCUGGGUGGACAGUGGGGCAGUCCGGCAGCUUCUGGCUGCGUGCUGGGCGGCGGCAGACAUCCACCGGGCGGUGGAGGUGGUGGCGCGGGCGGCACGCCAGGCGUGUCAGGUGCAGCCGUGCUGCGAUUGGCCGGAAGGGGUGUUGUAUUCGCUGGCGAUGGUUGCGCUGGAGUGUGCAGAGGAGUGUGAGGAGUGGAGGCCGGUGCUGGUGGGUUGUGUGUUGGACCAGGUGCUAGAAAUUGAGGCGGACGCUCAAGCAGGGUUAAUGAACUCGUGAAUUAUGAUUCCCGUGCAUUGAGCAUUAAUUUUGUACUAGCUUUAUUAGUAACUACGUUUUGUAUGUGAGCCUUCAGUGGCUCAUGUAAUAUAUAUGGCUUGGAAAA